CGUCAAAACAAUCUGGUCUUUCGUAACGUCAUUUUAAAACACACGGGAUUACAGUAGACCUCAAAUAUUGAGGCUGCGGAAGAUGUUCAGCAUUCCCUGCCUGCGCUUCGGCCUCCGGCAUCCACUAACCCGGAAAAUCCCUGGAUCCCUCGGCUCCCAGCGAGAUUUCACAGUCCUCUGCCGGGUGAAAACCCACGAAGUGGUGCCACCAAAGUAUGGAUUCCGCUUGGCCCAUGGAAAAGGGGAAACGGAGGCCCUGAGUUUCCUACUCCUCCGUUGGACGAAACUGGCCUGGAGCAAUAUGUUCGGGAAGUACCUGAUCGUAACGAACGUGGUGGGUUCCGGUCUUCUGAUGGUCGUCGGCGAUGCGAUAGCCCAGGAAUACGAAUACAGGCGGGGAUUGCGGCACCAGGAUCGCUUCGAUACGGAUCGCAUGUACAGGAUGUUUGUGGCGGGUGCUCUGCAAGGACCUCUCCAUCACUUCGUCUACAACUGGAUGGACAGAAUAAUGCCAGCGCGUACACUCCAGAAUAUUCUCAAGAAGAUCCUGAUUGACCAGCUAUUCAUGUCGCCCGCCUGCAUCUUCAUUUUCUUCUACUCCAUCUGCUACCUGGAGCGCCAGACUCUGGAGGCCACCAACAAGGAGCUGAUCAGCAAGUUCCCGUAUGUCUAUCUACUGGACUGGAUGACCUGGCCGGCGGCCCAGUACCUGAACUUUCGUUAUCUGGACACCAAAUACCGGGUCACCUUCGUCAAUGUGUGCACGGCCGUUUAUAAUGUUUUAAUGUCCUAUAUGAAGCACGAUUUUGGGAUUCAUUUGCCUCUGGAAGGUGAGGUGGUGGAGUCCUCCGAGGUGUCCCACGUAGCACCGAAUCCACCGAACAGUCCGGAAGCCCAGAAGUCGGCUUAAAACUUGACAACCACCACGGUUUAAUUGUGAUACUGAUAACCAAACUAAAUUACCCAGUUAUCGUGCACACGAGUGCUAUUAUGUAAAAGGAAGAGGCUCUUAGUAUGAAUAUAUAUGUGUUUAGUACAAAAGUGAA